CAAAACCAAACUCAAUCGAAACGUAAACAAAAGUCUCGGAUUGAAUAAUAAAUUAUCAAAAAUAAUUACGUUCAGCAAUUUGUGAUUAGAUUGUCUAAUUAAUUUCGCAUUUAUCUCCGUCUUCCCUCGUUCAGAAUGGAGGAGUAUUAUGAUGAAGUGAAAAAAAUGUGUAAAUUGUGCCUUAUUUCUAUCGGAAGUGGGAGAAAAUUUGAUUUCCAAAAACAUUAUUCUAAAUCUCACAACCCCAAAAACUUGGAAGUAUGUGAUGUGACCGGUUGUACGUACCGUUUCGAUAAUAUAAUGUCACUCUAUCGACACAAGACAGUCGUACACGGCCAACCGGCCUGUAAUGCCAGCCUGCCGGAUAAUAAAAAAAUGGUGUGGGCUGAGAAACUGAGAUGUGUUUAUGGAGGUGUGGUUGGAUUAUUUGUUGGGGUGUCCAAAGCGUACCACCCACGCACAGCCGCGAGCCACAGAGAUAGUGUACACUCUAAAUGCAUUGUGACUAAAGACUUUGAAUCCGAAGGAUUGUGUUUCUUGGAUCACAGCAGCGCCCGAAAACUAUUUACGGUUACCGUAAAAAGGAAGAAGCACCAGACUGAUGAAGAGUUUAAAAAAUGGGUGAAUGAAGCCAGCGUAGGAUUCAAAAUGUACGCCAGACAAUUUUUCGUUAACUCAAUUUAUUCUAAUUAUAGGUCAGAGUAUGAGUUGAUGGAUAAGGAGAAGGAUGCUGUACAUGCCAAGCUUAGACAAUCUGCAUUCUCAGAAUAUUAUUCAGACGAGCCUAAGCAAUCUCUAACUUACUAUGAUUGGAAGAAAACGGUCAUCGGACAACCGGCAGUCGCAGCCGCAGCUAAAGAGAACGGGGUGAAACCCCUUCGGAAACGGAAGGUGGAGACAAUUACGUCUGGGGCACCUGUCGCCCUCUCGUCGCCGUCAAAACGACGCGUGAUGGGAAACCCCCCAAAUGAAAUUCUCCAAGCGGUCAAAAACUUUGGCAGACCGGCGAUAAGAGAAUGGCUAGAUAAAUUAAGCCAAGAAGAAAAAGCGUCUCAGAUUGGAAGCAACUGAGAAUAAUAUAGCCAACACCAUCAUGGAUGUAACCAUGAAGAUUAUUUGCAGUAUCAAUUCUAACCUCAUUCUAAUCAAUACUGUUUGUCUAAUGUUUUGUUACCAAAUAAAUGUUCUAAUCAAACUUA